AUGGAAAGGCAAUAUAAUGUUAUAGUUGAUGAAGUUUCAACGGAAACUGCUUUAGGUUUUGCCACAGAGUCGACAAAGACUUUAGGAUCCUCAAAAUACCCGUCACUUUCUACCAUUUCACAAAUUAAAAAGGAGAUGCUCAGCAAUAAGCUGAUUCAGGAAGUAAAAGCAGAUAUAAGCAUUGGUACUAGACAAAGACUAAAUGAAACAAAUGAUCAAAAAGAGGAACGUAAAAGAAAACUUGCCGAAGCUGUUAAAACAAUGAUAGAAUGUCUUGGCGAAGAUCCCAAACGUGAAGGUUUAUUAAAAACUCCUGACAGAUAUGCCGAAGCAUUAAUGUUUUUUUCAAAAGGUUAUGAAGAAAGUGUUGAACAAAUCAUAAAUGAUGCAAUUUUUGAAGAAGAUCAUGAUGAAAUGGUAAUUGUAAAAAAUAUUGAUGUGUUCUCAUUAUGUGAACAUCAUUUAGUUCCCUUUACUGGAAAGAUAAGUAUAGGCUAUAUUCCAAAUCGUCGUGUUCUUGGUUUGUCAAAAUUAGCAAGGAUUGCUGAAAUGUUUUCAAGGAGACUUCAAGUACAAGAACGUUUAACAAAACAGAUUGCCAAAGCUCUGCAAGAAAUACUUAAACCACAAGGUGUGGCUGUUGUCUUGGAAGCAAAGUAA